GGGCGGCGUCCACUACGAACUCGCGGUGGUGUCAUGGCGGACACGAUUUGAGCAGUUGCGGAUGCGGCGCGUACACAGCUGCGGCCGAUGUGGAUCCCGAUGAUGGCUGCGGCCGCACAACACGACAGGGUCGUACUGUCACCGCGCCGGUUGCAGCAACAUCAACAGCAGCAGCACACUCCGUCACCGGAUCGCGAUCGACAUGGUCAGCGCACAUACCUACACAUGGUGCCCAUGUUGCCUCCUCCCGCCGUUCCAUCGACAAAUGAAGGUCAGGACACAAUUAUUUCGGAUCGCCUUCAAGACACAUCAUUUCAAUAUACACCCACCGCACCAUCAGUCAUUUCAGGAAACGCAUUUACUACCCCGUCAAAAAUUCCCAACUCCAUCAACAAACUGAACUUAAUGCAGUCACACUCGAAUAAAUGGGGCAGCUCAAGAAAGGUACACGAAAGAUCCACUGGACCGGACUGGUUCGAAACGAAAAUGGCUAACGCAAAGCUAGAGAAAAAAAGAUCAUCGAAGUGUUUUUGGAGCUCAUCAUUCGUAGUGGACCCAACCACGCACUUUCAUUAUAAGUGGCUUAUGUUAGUAACAGUCACAAUUCUAUACAACUUGGUAUUUGUGAUCGGCCGUGGCGUAUUCUGGGAGCUGAAUAAUGCGAUGCCGACCAUCUGGUGGAUACUGGACUACGCUUCUGAUGGGAUCUACGUAGUCGACACAUUAGUCCAUGCACACGAAGGUUUCCUGGACCAAGGUCUGAUGGUCCGCAAUUCUCAUAAGCUACGGGAAAACUACUUCAGCACGUCCAAAUGGAAAUCAGACUUCCUGAGUCUGCUCCCCACCGACUUGGCGUACUUAUGGUGGCCGUCGGGCAGCUGUUCGGCAGACGUGCUGCCCUGCCCUGUGAUCGUCCGUGCCAAUCGACUGCUCCGGGUACCGAGGAUGCUGGAAUUCUUCGACCGCACAGAAACCAAAACCGGGUAUCCAAACGUGUUCCGCAUUUGCAAGGUGGUGUUYGCCAUACUUAUACUCAUACACUGGAACUCGUGCUUAUAUUUCGCUAUAAGCUAUGUGAUCGGGUUUGGGUCGGAUAAUUGGGUGUACAACUUGCAAGGUGCUAGGAAUUCAUCGCUUUCCAGACAGUACAUUUACUGUUUUUAUUGGUCCACGCUUACGCUCACGACUAUAGGAGAGACACCGCAGCCAGAAAACGAACUGGAACAUGUAUUUGUGGUGGCCGAUUUUCUUGCCGGUGUGCUCAUUUUUGCCACGAUCGUGGGCAAUAUCGGCAGUAUGAUCAGCAACAUGAAUGUUGCCAGGGUAGAGUUCCAGAAUCGUAUGGAUGGCGUUAAACAGUACAUGGCCUUCCGGAGGGUUUCCAAGGAGCUAGAGGCAAGAGUUAUCAGAUGGUUUGCAUAUACCUGGGCCAACAAACAGGCUCUUGAUGAAGAACGUGUAUUGGCAGCUUUACCAGAUAAACUAAAAGCUGAGAUAGCUAUACACGUACAUCUCGACACAUUAAAGAAGGUCGAGAUAUUUCAGGACUGCGAACCUGGUCUAUUAGAAGAACUYGUGCUCAAACUCAGACUCCAAGUGUUCAGCCCCGGAGACUACAUAUGUCGUAAAGGAGAUGUGGGCAAAGAAAUGUAUAUAGUAAAGAGAGGCAUUCUUAGUGUCGUUGCCGAUGACCAAAAAACAGAAAUCGCUACUUUAAGCGCUGGAAGCGUUUUUGGAGAGGUAAGCGUACUAGAAAUAGCUGGAAACAAAACAGGCAAUCGUCGCACAGCUAAUGUCCGGAGUUUAGGGUACUCUGAUCUAUUUUGUCUGUCCAAAAGAGAUCUCUGGGAAACACUAAGAGAUUAUCCCGAAGCUAGACACAGCCUAAUGCAACGUGGUUGUCAGCUACUGCGAAAGGAUAGGCUGUUAGAUGAGGAUGCGUUCCUGCAAGCUCAAACGCAGAAUGAAACCAUUAACGAAGCAGUGUCUAGAUUAGACCAUAACAACUUCCUGUCCCCGAACCGAGGCGUGGAAGGAUACAUUAGAUUAGCCAAUAGCAGGGACGACUUCGGACAGCCAAUUCAGCGACAGUCCAAUCGCAAGCAGUUGAAGCACAAAUCAAAGUUUUCGACAGUUGUUAUCAAACCAAACCGGAAACAAUUCGCUCAAGUUUAUACCACCAUGAAAGAUGUGACUACUCGAUUGUCAAAUCUCGUGACCGAAUAUUACAAUCAAAAUGUCAAGCUCAAUGAAAAAAUUACCGAAUUGGAGGAACAAAUACGAGUUGUAAAAUAUCAUUCAAUAACUGAUUCAAAAUACGAGGAUCAACAGGGUUCAAAUGUUGAAAAUGACUCAACUUCGUCAUCUAGCCAAUCAACGGUAUUCGGGACUUAUGCAACAAGAAGAUCGUUUAACGUUCCCAAGAAUUCUUGGGCUCGAAGGCGUCGCAAACUUAAGUCUACCUGAUGUUUAACGGACGGACUAUCUCAUUUACAGGAUCCGUAUGCCUCAGCUUAAUAUAAACUACAAUGAUCAGUGCAUAUUCUUGAUAUUGAAUUGUUGUAAAAAAAAAAAGCGACAGAUAUUAUUUAAAUGCAUUGUAUACAUACUGUUUGUAUUAAACAAUGGAUCCAUGUAGGCAAAAAUUUUUGGGGUAGUCUAUUAAAAUGUACAUACGAAAAUAUAAAUUAUAUAUAUAUACAUAAAACAAAAAAGUGUACACUACGAUAGUCGAUUUUCUACAAAAAUUUACAUCUAAAUGAAUACUUUGUAGAAAUUGAAAUAUUUUAAACCUUGUAUCAUGGUAUUUUCAUUAGUCAAGCAAAAGCUUAUUGUUGUUAUCAAAAAUACUGUAAAUCAUUCCUACAGAAAAAUGUUGCACUGUCUACAUUGUAUGGAUUUUAAUUAAUUUAACUUAUCUCAUAGUGUAAUUUCACGUAAAAAAAAAUAAUUAAGAUUAAGU